CGGCGGCCCCCCCUCCCCACCCGAACAUCAGGGCCCUCCAGACCCAGGCGCCCCAACAAAUUCCUAGAGGAUCUGUGCAGCAGCCUCUGGAGGAUCGAAUCUUCCCUCCCACGGUCUCAGCAGUCUACAGCACGGUAACACAAGUAGCAAGACAGCCGGGACCCCCGACCCCUUCCCCUUAUUCAGCACAUGAAAUAAACAAGGGGCAUCCAAAUCUUGCGGCCACGCCCCCGGGACAUGCAUCGUCCCCUGGACUCUCUCAAACCCCUUAUCCCUCUGGACAGAAUGCAGGUCCAACCACAUUGGUCUAUCCUCAAGCCCCUCAGACAAUGAAUUCACAACCUCAGACCCGUUCUCCGCCCAGCAGAACAGUGCCAAUACAUUGCACAGACAACUGGAAGAGGAGGAAGGUUUUGGAACAGACUCCUGUUUACAGGUCCUUGGCUGGAAGAGGCUGGAUAAAAUACUGCAUUUUUGCAGCGGGGCCUCGACCUGCCCAUCAUCAGGGAGGAUUCAGACCCAUCCAGUUUUUCCAGAGGCCUCAAAUACAGCCUCCUAGAGCCACCAUCCCGAACAGCAGUCCUUCCAUUCGUCCUGGUGCACAGACCCCCACUGCCGUGUAUCAGGCCAAUCAGCACAUUAUGAUGGUUAACCAUCUGCCCAUGCCAUACCCAGUGCCCCAGGGGCCUCAGUACUGUAUACCACAGUACCGGCACAGUGGCCCUCCUUAUGUUGGGCCCCCACAACAGUAUCCGGUUCAACCACCAGGGCCAGGUCCGUUUUAUCCUGGACCAGGACCCGGGGACUUCCCCAAUGCUUAUGGAACGCCUUUUUAUCCAAGUCAGCCAGUGUAUCAGUCCACACCUAUCAUAGUGCCUACGCAGCAACAGCCCCCUCCAGCCAAGAGAGAGAAAAAAACUAUAAGAAUUCGUGAUCCAAACCAGGGAGGCAAAGACAUAACAGAGGAGAUUAUGUCUGGAGGUGGCAGCAGAAAUCCCACCCCACCAAUAGGAAGACCCACAUCCACACCCACACCUCCCCAGCAGCUGCCCAGCCAGGUCCCCGAGCACAGCCCUGUGGUUUAUGGGACUGUGGAGAGCGCUCAUCUUGCUGCCAGCACCCCUGUCACUGCAGCUAGCGACCAGAAGCAAGACGAGAAGCCAAAACCAGAUCCAGUGUUAAAGUCUCCUUCCCCAGUCCUUAGGCUUGUCCUUAGCGGGGAGAAGAAAGAAGCCGCAGGCCAGACACCUGAGACGUGUACAGCAGAGUCUACCCCAGAGCUUCCCCGGACGUCAUCACCCACCACUGUGUCUCCUGUUGCCCGAAGUUCUAUUGCUUCCCCCACUUCCACUGCUCUUAGUGGCCAAGCAGUGUUCACUACUGCUCUUGAUGACAGAUGUGAAUCGUCCUCAAAAGAAGAUGCAGGUCCUCUAGCCAGCCCUGCACAGCCUUGCACAGUAACAUCAGACCCUUUACCAACGGAUGAAAUGGACGAUGACAUAUGCAAGAAACCCUCUAGUGUAGCACCUCGUGAGCUCCCACAGAUUUCUAGUAAUAACCUAAUGAAUGAAAUGAAUGGACUUAGUGAAAACUUGCCAGCCAAGGAGAGCAUUGUAGACAUGGUGAGACGGGAGGUGUUGCCAUUGACUCUUGAAUUGGAGAUUCUAGAAAAUCCCCUGAAAGAAAUGAAAGUGGAGUGUAUCCCAGUCCCGGCCAUCCCUUCCACACUUCCUUCCUUAUCUCCAGUUCCUCCAACUCCCCCAGCUUCUCCUCCUACUCCAGUCAUUGUUCCUGGGGCCACCACCACUGUUAGCUCGCCUCCUGCUGCCACUGCAGUCCCCAGAGACACAGAGGAGGAAGACAGUGUAAGAAUUCGCCUUGGUGAAGAUGCAAAAGAGAUCCCAAACAAAACAGAGGUAGAAGCAGAUGGGCAAGCGGAAGAGAUGACAGAUUCUCAGAGCUUAAAUUUAAGGAAGAGUCCCGUCUCAGCGCAAACAGUUACUGCUGCACCAAAGACGUGGAAAAAGACAAAAGAUUGGAUCCGAACCCCUGACGAGGCAUUAGAGGCUGAAACAGAGCCUAAAGCCGAAGAGGAGCUUUCAUUUGACAGAGUACUUGAACCUGAGCAAGAUAAAAUGAGCCAAGGGUUUCACUUUGAGAGAGAUCCUGACCUAAAAAAAGUGAAAGCCGUGGAAGAAAACGGAGAAGCAGCCGAGCCCAUCCGCAAUGGUGCGGAGAGCAUUUCUGAGGGUGAAGGACUAGAUGCUAAUUCUGGCUCGACUGAUAGUUCUGGUGACGGGGUCACAUUCCCAUUUAAAGCAGAAUCCUGGAAGCCUGCUGACACUGAAGGCAAGAAACAGUACGACAGGGAGUUUCUCUUGGACUUCCAGUUUAUGCCGGCUUGUAUCCAGAAACCAGAGGGCUUGCCUCCCAUCAGUGAUGUAGUUCUGGAUAAGAUCAACCAACCCAAAUUGCCAAUGCGAACUCUGGAUCCUCGGAUUUUGCCUCGAACACCUGACUUUACACCAGCGUUUGCAGAUUUUGGAAGGCAGACACCUGGUGGAAGAGGUGUACCUUUGUUGAACGUUGGAUCACGGAGGUCUCAACCUAGCCAGAGAAGGGAGCCCAGAAAGAUCAUCACCGUUUCCGUAAAAGAAGAUGUGCACUUAAAAAAGGCAGAAAACGCCUGGAAGCCCAGCCAGAAACGAGAUAGCCAAGCUGAUGAUCCCGAAAACAUUAAAACCCAGGAGCUUUUCAGAAAAGUUCGAAGUAUCUUAAAUAAACUGACACCACAGAUGUUCAACCAGCUGAUGAAGCAAGUGUCAGGACUUACUGUUGACACAGAGGAGCGGCUGAAAGGAGUCAUUGAUCUGGUCUUUGAGAAGGCUAUUGAUGAACCCAGUUUCUCUGUGGCUUACGCAAACAUGUGUCGAUGUCUAGUAACGCUGAAAGUUCCCAUGACAGACAAGCCUGGCAACACAGUGAACUUCCGGAAGCUGCUGCUAAACCGCUGCCAGAAGGAGUUUGAAAAAGAUAAAGCAGAUGAUGAUGUCUUCGAGAAAAAGCAGAAGGAACUCGAGGCUGCCAGUGUGCCAGAGGAGAGAACCAGGCUGCACGAUGAGCUGGAAGAAGCCAAGGACAAAGCCCGGCGGAGGUCCAUCGGCAACAUCAAGUUUAUCGGGGAGCUCUUUAAACUCAAAAUGCUGACAGAAGCCAUCAUGCAUGACUGCGUGGUGAAGCUGCUGAAGAACCAUGACGAGGAGUCCCUGGAGUGCUUGUGUCGACUGCUCACCACCAUCGGCAAAGACCUGGACUUUGAGAAGGCCAAGCCACGUAUGGACCAGUACUUUAACCAGAUGGAGAAAAUUGUGAAAGAAAGAAAAACUUCAUCCAGGAUUCGAUUUAUGCUUCAAGAUGUGAUAGACCUGAGGCUGUGUAAUUGGGUAUCACGAAGAGCAGAUCAAGGGCCUAAAACUAUAGAGCAGAUUCACAAAGAAGCCAAAAUAGAAGAACAAGAGGAGCAAAGGAAGGUCCAGCAACUCAUGACCAAGGAGAAGAGAAGACCAGGUGUCCAGAGAGUGGACGAAGGUGGGUGGAACACUGUCCAAGGAGCCAAGAACAGUCGGGUUCUGGACCCCUCCAAAUUUUUGAAAAUCACUAAGCCCACCAUUGACGAGAAAAUUCAGCUGGUACCAAAGGCACAGCUGGGCAGCUGGGGGAAAGGCAGCAGCGGGGGAGCAAAGGCAAGCGACACUGAUGCCUUACGGUCAAGCGCUUCCAGUUUAAAUAGAUUCUCUCCUCUGCAACCUCCAGCACCAGCAGGGUCACCGUCAGCCACACCCUUAGAGUUUGAGUCCCGAAGGGCAUUAACCAGUCGAGGAAGCAUGGGCAGGGAGAAGAAUGACAAGCCCCUCCCACCCGGGACACUGCGUCCCAACACUUUCCUGCGGGGCAGCAGCAGCAAAGACCUGCUGGACAAUCAGACUCAGGAAGAGCAGCGCAGAGAGAUGCUGGAGACAGUAAAGCAGCUGACCGGAGGCCUGGACGCUGACAGGGGCAGCAGCGAAGCCGAGCGGAACAAAAUGAGAGAGCCAGUUGUGAAACCAGACAUGUCAUCAAUGUCAGCCCCUGACAAGCCCUCACUGUCAGAAGAAGAGAUGGAGAGGAAGUCCAAGUCCAUCAUUGAUGAGUUUCUACAUAUCAAUGAUCUCAAGGAAGCCAUGCAGUGUAUAGAAGAGCUGAGCGCCCAGGGCCCACUGCACAUUUUCGUGAAGGUGGGAGUGGAGUUCACCCUGGAGCGGAGCCAGAUCACCAGGGAUCACAUGGGCCACUUACUAUAUCAGCUGGUGCAGUCAGAAAAACUCAGCAAGCAGGACUUUUUCAAAGGUUUUUCUGAAACCUUGGAAUUAGCAGAUGAUAUGGCCAUUGAUAUUCCUCAUAUUUGGCUGUACCUCGCUGAACUCGUCACCCCCAUGUUGAAAGAAGGUGGAAUCUCCAUGAGAGAACUUAUCAUAGAAUUUAGCAAACCUUUGCUUCCUGUUGGAAGAGCUGGGGUCUUGCUUUCUGAAAUAUUGCACCUUCUAUGCAAACAAAUGAGCCAUAAGAAAGUGGGGGCCUUAUGGAGGGAGGCUGAUCUCAGCUGGAAGGACUUUUUACCAGAAGGGGAAGAUGUACAUAAUUUUCUGUCGGAGCAGAAAUUAGACUUUAUAGAGUCUGAAAGUUCCUGUUCCUCUGAAGCACUUUCAAAGAAGGAGCUCUCUGCUGAAGAGCUGUAUCAGCGGCUCGAGAAACUCAUCAUGGAGGACAAAGCAGAUGAUGAACGGAUCUUUGACUGGGUAGAGGCUAAUCUAGAUGAAAGCCAGAUGAGUUCGCCUACAUUCCUUAGAGCUUUAAUGACAGCAGUUUGUAAAGCAGCUAUCAUAGCUGACUGCUCUUCCUUCAGAGUGGACACCGCUGUCAUCAAGCAAAGAGUGCCGAUCUUACUCAAGUACCUAGACUCAGAUACGGAGAAGGAACUGCAAGCACUUUAUGCACUACAAGCAUCCAUAGUAAAACUUGAUCAACCUGCCAAUUUGCUCCGGAUGUUCUUUGAUUGCCUGUACGAUGAGGAGGUAAUCUCGGAGGAUGCAUUCUACAAAUGGGAGAGCAGCAAGGACCCGGCCGAGCAGAACGGGAAGGGCGUGGCCCUCAAAUCUGUCACUGCGUUUUUCACGUGGCUGCGAGAGGCAGAAGAGGAGUCUGAGGAUAACUAAAACCUCAAAUACACAAAACGAAACAGAAGAAACAAUUUAAGUAUUUUUUUAAAAAGUUUCACGUCUUCGCCAAUCACAGUGCAGCAAGGCCAAUUCUCGCAGAAACCUCACGUGUGCACGAGUGGGCGGGGGAAGGACAAGUGAUCAUGGAGGAAAAAGGUACUGGAAGAAGCAAACCUCAACCCUGAGGGCGGGAGCAGGAAAACCAAAAUACAUGUAUUAUUUAUAGAAAAUAUUUUCUGUUUUAAUCUUUUCUUUUUAAACAAGGACUCAUACAUACUUUGAAAAAAAAAAAAAACCACAUUUAGCCAAAAAAAAAAAAAAAA